UGACCUAGACAUUGAAAAAAAAUGUUCUGUAGGUUGGUGCUGUGCAGAAUCCCGGUACGUAGUAUUGACGCGUGUGACACGAGUUGUUUGUUGCUGAGAUGGCGGUGAAUCUCCUCCCCCACCCUUAUGGAAGGUCUCGCAUUGAUUAGCCCUGAUAGGAAGAAACGCCACCGACACGUUGUGAAGCUACACCACCAGGUGGGGUUGUUCUGUGUGAGUCAUCGUUACUCGGCGGAGUCAACAGACUAUCUAUGUGCACAUCCGCCUUACAACAUCGUCCCGUGGUCACAAUAGGCGAUGCGCAAGUAUUUUCGACACAUUUGUAAUCGACGGACGACAUCCCAUCCUUGUCUGAACCAUCGCAUAGUUCAUGGACCGAGCAGCGCUGGCGGUCCACCUUUUCCUGCAGCGUUCACGGGGACAACAUGAGGAGGGAGAGAAGACCACAUCCGGGCGAAUGUUGACUCUCUUGAAGCUGGCAGGGAAGAGCCCUCCCGGGGAGAUGGGGGAGACGAGGAAAAAUACUCGGAGGUGGCAGCCGAGAGACGACACCGGAUGGCGAGGAGGAAACUCGCACAGGAGACGGGGGCCGAGAGUCAAGCAUCCGAGAGGGAGUUAUAUCCUCCUGAGGAAGCUGGCAGAGAGAUGGGGGCGCCCGCGGGGGCAGGGGGGGUGGCGAGGAGGAAACUCGCACAGGAGACGGGGGCCGAGAGUCAAGCAUCCGAGAGGGAGUUAUAUCCUCCUGAGGAAGCUGGCAGAGAGAUGGGGGCGCCCGCGGGGGCAGGGGGGGUGGCGAGGAGGAAACACCUGACGAAACUGGCCGAGACGACACUGCCCGACGAGGAGGAUAGGCGGGAGUCAGGGUCGGGUUACGGUGAGGGGAAGGCGGUUGGGCUGUGUUGGGUUUUUCGUGCGGUAGGAACAGUCGUAUACCUCAUAACCCCCCAGGAAGAAAUAACGAAAAAAAAUACGUGUGCCGUGACAACACCGUCCAUUGGAUACCCCGGCCGUUGGAGGAAGGACGCGUUGAAUACGAAUCCACUGCUGCGCCGGUAUGUGUGAAUCGUAGAUACACUGGUAUGAGGACACAGGCUACCGUCAGAGACAGCAGCCGGUGCCGUUGCAGUGUUGCCCUACUGCCAAGGGCGGCUAUUUCUUUUCGUGAGCUGUAACGAGGGGAGAGAUAGAAAGAGUGACUAGCAGAGGGCAGAGGAAGGAGAGUCGAGGACUCUCCGCCUCCACUCUCAGCAGGUGGUCAAAGACGAUGGAAGAGACAGAUCUCAACGAUGUGUGACUUGUCACUCUCCACAUGGCAAGUUACCCCGAUGGAUCGUAUCCUCCUACUUUGUGUGUGCACGAAUGGUUGGUUGGUUAUGCUUCCGAUAGCUGUCCUCCACAUGACCCCCCCCUCAAUGCGCCACAAGUCC